AUGGUGAGAAAACAUGGAUGGCAACUACCUGCUCACACCUUCCAGGUUGUCGCUAUUACCGUAUUCUGCUUGUUAGUGGUUGCAUUCUAUGCGUUCUUUGCGCCUUUCCUUGGAGGCCGUAUCUGGGAAUAUGUUUUGAUUGGAAGUUACUCUCCAGUGGCACUGCUUGUCUUCAUUCUUUACGUUCGAUGCACUGCAAUAAAUCCUGCAGAUCCUGGCAUUAUGUCCAAGUUUGACAAUGGAGCAACAAAUAGUAUCAAUCCAAAUCAUAGGUUAUCAGCAAAAGACUUGCCUAGAAAAUUUGAUGAAACCACCACUGGGCAUUCUUCUCCAUCAUCAGUUUCCAGAAGUUCUUUAGCAGGGGCUAACUCUAGUAGGAAAGGCUCGGUAGGAGAACUAGGGGGUGUAAAUAUUGUAGCAGAACCCACAACCAGGAAAUGUUGCAUAGGUGGAAUCUUCUGUGCAUUGUUUGUACACGAAGACUGCCGCAAACAACAGGAAGGUGCAGCUGAGAGUCAAGGUGGUGAAGAUGCUUUGUUCUGCACAUUGUGCAAUGCUGAGGUCCGCAAGUUCAGCAAGCACUGUAGAAGUUGUGAUAAGUGUGUGGAUGGCUUUGAUCACCACUGUCGGUGGCUUAACAAUUGCGUGGGGCACAAAAAUUAUGUGACUUUUAUCUGUUUGAUGGCCACCAGUCUUGUUUGGCUUGUCAUUGAAGCUGGAGUUGGUAUUGCUGUCCUUGUGCGCUGCUUUGUUAAUAAGAGAAGCAUGGAGGCAGAAAUUAUUGAUAGACUUGGAAAUGGUUUCACUCGUCCCCGUUUGCAACAGUUGUGGUACAUCUUAUUCUUUAAAUGCUCUCAACUAAAGUUAGCAUCCUCAUCUUUUGCCGCAGUUUCUGUGCUGGCAUGUGUUCCACUUUGUGAACUAUUCUUCUUCCACAUGAUACUAAUUAGGAAGGGUAUUACAACCUAUGAAUAUGUUGUGGCAAUGCGAGUCAUGAGUGAGGAACGUGGACAAUAUGUAGAUGAGGCUUUCAAUAAUUUCGCGAACUCUUUUCGGAACUCCCCAACAGGAUCUGCUACAACUGGCUUGAGUGGUGGGAGUUCUUUAGGUCUGCAAUACAAGGGUGCAUGGUGUACCCCUCCAAGAGUAUUUGUGGAUUAUCAGGAAGAAGUUGUACCACAUUUGGAGCCUGGAAUGGUCCCAUCAACUAUUGAUCCGGAUGCAACUGGAAUUACAGAAAGAGAGCAGAAAGGUCCUAAAAGGCCUGUUCGCAUUAGUGCUUGGCAGCUUGCAAAGUUGGAUUCCAGCGAGGCCAUGAGAGCAGCAGCCAAAGCCAGGGCAUCAUCCUCUGUUCUACGACCACUUGAUAAACCUGACCUUGAACUUAGCUCAAGUGGCAAUAUGAGUGUGAGAAGUAGUGUAAGCACUGACACAGGGGCAAAUAAAGAGAUUAAGAACGAGUUGAGGUUGUCAAGAAAUUCCUUUGCUCCAAGUCAAGGUAGCCGAGAUGAGUAUGAAACUGGGACUCAAAGCAUAAGUAGCUUCAGUAGUCCAAGUCAUGUUCAUGAAGCGGUCACACUUAGCCCUCUACCACAGGGAGGUCUGGGACGCUUUAGUGCAGCCACUUCAGUCCCCAGCUUAGUUCCUGACCGUCCAUUAACUUCCAAGGCAACAUUGCCUAAUGUCAGCUUGGGAUUUGAUGAAAAGAUUAUGCAGAGGGGAAGUACUACUGAUCCAUUGCUGCUGUCAGCUCCAGCUUCAUCUCUUUUCAGAGAUGUCAGAAGGACAUCCGUUGUUUGGGACCAAGAAGCAGGGAGGUAUGUCUCAGUUCCUGUAUCAGCUUCUGAAGCUCGAAACAGGUUAUCCACACAAACAGGGGAUUCUAUAUUCUUUGGCGGCCCGCUUUUGAGUGCACCAGUUAGGGAAAAUUUGAAAAAUGAAAGGGAUUUGGGUUCAAGAGAGGGCCAAGAGAGGGUGGGACUGAACUUGCCUAGGGAGUCUAGAUUCAGACGAGAUUCUGCCUCGAACCAGCUUCCUGUGUUUGUCCCAGGGGGUUUUGAGAACAACCCUUCUUUUGGUUCUGGUUUGAAGUAG